AUGGGCCGAGGUAAUGGAUUAGCAGAUGAGGCGAGCCACCUCCAGCAAUCAGAUCCACCAGAUGCGCCUCUAAUGGCAAAUGGAAAUGUGAUGCAGUUACGUGAAAUACGAUAUACGGUGCACGAUGUGUUUUACAAUUCGACAUUAUUAUAUUUAAUCUUGGGAUAUGAUAUUCCCCACGAAACGAUUACAAACACAGUUAAUUCAACAUCUUAUUACCACCUCGCAUCUAGGCAGUUACCAGUCGACUACCUGGCAGUACUAAAUCAGCAGAGUAAUGUCGACGUGACGGUACCUAGGGUCCAGUUGUCGGAUCAAACAGUAAUUAAUCUCUGCCCCCGCUACGUCUCCCUCACCUUCCCCCACCGACGAGUCGGCGCCGAACGAUUUCACCUGACCACUCUUGAUGGAUACGGUUAG